UGAACAAGUACUACCCGCCAGAUUUCGACCCGUCUAAGAUCCCGAGAGCAAGAUGCCCGAGAAACCGUCAGUUCACAGUCAGGUUGAUGGUUCCUUGCAAUAUCAAGUGCUACACCUGUGGAGAGUACAUUGCCAAGGGGAAGAAGUUUAAUGCACGCAAAGAGGACGUGGAGAACAUGACAUACUUGGGAGUGAGGAUUUAUCGCUUUUAUAUCAAGUGUCCAGGAUGCUUGGCAGAAAUCUCCUUCCGCACGGACCCAGAGAGCGUCGAUUACGUCAUCGAGGCCGGGGCGCACAGGAACUUCCAGGCUCUGAAAUUGGCAGAAGAGCAAGCAGCACGAGAGGAGAGGGAGGCCAAGGAGGAGAUUGAGUCCAACCCAAUGUUGCUUCUAGAGAACAGAACUCAGCAAUCACAAUAUGAGAUGGAGGUCCUGGAAUCCCUCGAGGACCUGCGGGAAAUGAAUGAGCGGCAUGCCAGCAUUGACCUCAGCAAGAUGACGGACAAGUUUGAGUCGGAGAGAAAGUUAACGCAGGAACAGAUUGAGGAGGCUGAGCGUUUGGAGGCAUUGAGAGUGCUUGGCUAUGAGAUGGUGGACGGAGAGAUGAUCAAGAGAGUUGCACAAGAGGACCUGGACGAGGAGAAGCCGCUGACCAAGAAGAUUAAAGUCGAGGGUUCUGUUCCCUCAGAUAUCCUUACAAGUGACUCUGGGAAAGCCCCAAAGCAGAAUAACAUGAAAUCCAAACUUGCUGGUAUGAUAAAAAGCAAGCCAGCAAAAUCAAGCAGUGAAAAGUCAGAAAAUGGCAAGGAAUCAAAAGCUCAAGACACAUCGAAUGAUAAACCAGAAAAUGGUAAAGAGUCCAAUGGACAAGACACCUUAAAAGAAAGCAGGUCAACAGUAGACUCUAAGGAUGCUCCCAAGAAGUCUGAAGAACCGUCCAGCUCAGUCACCCCAGUUUCCUCCACAUCGAAAAUGAGUAAUGCCUUGGCCUUUUUGGGUGCAUACUCAGACUCAGAAUCAGGAGAGGAGAGUAAUUAGGACCCAGAUAGCCGUGGUGUUUGAUAUCCUGUCUUAAAUAUUAUUGUAGAUAUAAAGUGAAUUAUAUAUAUAUAUUAUUGUGUCAUAUUCACGUACAAUGUACAAUUGAUAUUUCCAAUAUUGAGAAUUUUGUUUGUUUUUCAAUAUACUCCACAAAUAGUU